AUGUUUGCCAACUUCAAGGCCGCCAAGGUACAAAAGCGCACUGUUGUUGUGUCUAAAAAUGGGGAGAUGUCUUCCCCAAAGACGCCCUCCCAUAGCGGGAUCGACGCCAAUAAUCUGAAACGCGCCCACAGUACUCCCAACUUGAAGCCGUCCAGCCUUGUCAACAGAGGCCCGCGACCGUCACCAAAACCGUCUUCGCAGAGCAUUUCGAGACAUUCUACGCCACCUAGGAAGAAGGCACCGGCCAAGAGGAAGAUUGUCUCCGAGAUUCAGAGAGUGGAAAGCAGUGAUGAGAGCAGCAACGAGGAAGAGGCGGCAACCAGAAAAAGGACAAAACUGAGCACUGAUCUUACUCCCGAUCCUGCAAGAAAAACAUGGGUCACAGAGGAAGAUUUGCGCAGGAAGACUUCUAAGAUAAUCCAUGGCACUGACUUGGUAGAUAUGGUGGACAAGAGAAUACCUAUGUUUCCGGCAGAGGACAAGCCUGCGACGCUCUCUCUGAAAUAUCCCAGCAACUCUGACUCAGAGAGAUUUCUGCUCAUGAAGGGUCGUGAAAGUGAAAGUUUCGAUCCCGUGGAGGAUAUCGUUCAGACCAUUUACCAAGUCUGCAAACAUUACUUCCCACCUGCCCAGACCGAAGAACUCACAGACGACAUCAGCGGUAUACCGCGCCGUUUGCGAACGGCAGUCUACAAGAAAUCCCAAUCCGACUUUCUAAAAGUCGUCGAAGAAUACAACACUCUGGUGUCCACUUCUCUCGCCGACGGGACCAUCCCCCGGGCUCUCCAAGCCUCUCACACUGUCUCUCUUGAACUUGUCGAACGCAUUCUCUCCCAAUGCACAUCCCGCACCGUCUCCCCACACGUAGCUCUCCUCCGCCAAUACGAAAAUGGCGGCAACAAUGUCUACGGCGAACUGCUCCCCCGCUUCAUCCACCUCAUCUUCCGCGAAAUGGCCCUGACCUCGUCCUCCGUCUUCGUCGACCUCGGCUCCGGCGUCGGCAACGUUGUCCUCCAGGCCGCCCUCGAAACCGGCGCGGAGAGCUGGGGUAUCGAAAUGAUGCCCAACCCCUGCAAACUCGCCGCCUCGCAACGUGCCGAAUUCUCCGCCCGCUGCGCCCUCUGGGGCAUCCGGCCCGGCGCCGUCCACCUGCUCGACGGCGACUUUACAAAAAACGACCGCAUCACCGCCAUGCUGCCGCGCGCAGACGUCAUCCUCGUCAACAACAAGGCCUUCAACCCGGAGCUCAACGAGCUGCUCAUGCUGCGCUUCCUCGACCUCAAGGAGGGCGCUCGCAUCUUCAGCCUCAAGAGCUUCGUGCCCGCCAACUGGGAGAUCAAGGAGAAUAAUCUCGAGGAUAUCCGGAAUACGCUCAAAGUGGAGCGCCGUGAGUAUUUCAGCGGGAGUGUCAGUUGGACGGAUGCUGCCGGGGAGUAUUUUGUUGCUACAAAGACGUUUGAGUUGCUGCGUGAGUUUCAGGCGAGGAAGGUGCGGAGGGCAAAGAGGUAG